AUGUCUAUUAUAUUUGGUGAAUUCAGUUUGCUUCCUAUAGAAACACCUUCUAUCACAUCCCCUGCUACAGCCGCAACAACUGAUUUAAUGCUUUUCUCACCAACAUCAACAAAUAUAAAUUCGUCGACUGCUAUCAUUCAACCAAUAUCUUCAACCACCAGCAAUUUUAAUCCUUUAUUAAGACAUAG